AUGGAGCCUGGAGUUGAUCGACGCUUUGCUCAAAACUCCAAUGCAUUCAUGCACUGGUUGAAGCAGCAACAUGGUGUCUGGGUAAGUCCUAAGAUUAGUAUCGCCGAUCUACGAUCAAGAGGUGCAGGCAGAGGUGUUGUUGCCUGCGAGGGAAUUGCCUCAAAUGAAGACCUGUUUAGCAUCCCGGAAGACCUUGUCCUUAAUGUUCAGAACUCAGAACUAAAAAACUUGAUCAACCUGGAAAAUGCUGGCCUUGAUACUUGGUCGUCUCUCAUAGUAACGAUGAUUUAUGAGUAUCUUCGUGGUGCCGCAUCUAGAUGGUCUUCUUACUUUGAUGUUCUUCCCACUGAGUUUGACACUCUCAUGUUCUGGACAGAUGAGGAGCUACACCAGUUGAAAGGGAGCUUUGUCCUCGGAAAAAUCGGAAAACAACAGGCGGACGAAAUGAUCUACGAAGAUAUACUUCCGCUUAUUGCUAAGCAUCCUCAUAUUUUUCAACCUCAUAAUCAGUUUGUCUCGUCUGAUUUGCUGGAAAACCAGGUGGUCUGGAUAGAACUUGCCCAUCGAAUGGGGACGUUGAUUAUGGCCUACGCCUUCGACAUUGAGGUCGACAUAGACAAAGAAGAAAAAGAAGGUCAAGAUGGAUAUGUCACUGAUGACGAACUGCAAGUAACAAAAGGAAUGAUUCCGCUCGCAGAUUUACUUAAUGCAGAUGGCCAUAGAAACAAUGCCCGCCUAUAUCAAGAAGAUGGAUAUUUUAGAAUGAGGUCUAUCGCACCCAUUAGUAAGGGUGCGGAAAUUUUCAAUGACUACGGCGAAAUCCCUCGUGCCGACCUCCUCCGACGAUAUGGGUAUAUAACCGAUAACUACACACCUUACGAUGUUGUGGAAAUCUCCCUUGAGUCUGUUCUCAAUGCUACCGGAAGAGAUAGCGACUGCUACCAGUUGAAAUUUCUCGAGGAUUUUGAUAUUCUCGAUGAUGGAUAUGCCUUCCAGAGACCUGAUGAACAUACUACCCUAGCAGACGUCAUUCCCGCCGACCUACUCAUAUUACUCCAGGUUUUACAGAUGACCCAGGACCAACUACUUGAGCUGGAGAAGAAAGCGACUUUACCUAAACCCGAACUUAAAGAGUCAGAGGCAAAGGUGCUCGUCAAAAUUCUCCAAAAUAGACAACAGGACUAUCCCACCACUGUUGAUGAAGACAAUCACCUUCUCCAGUCAUUGGACAAUAGUGACUCCACGUCUGAUCACCACAAAGAAAUGGCGAUCCAAGUCAGGAAAGGCGAGAAGGAAGUUCUACAACUCCUCCUUGAUGACCUACAGUCAUUCAUCCGUAGCCUUCAUAAUCAGCAACCAAAACGGGGUGCAAACAACGAAAGUGGGGAUGGGAAACGACGAAAACUGAAAUGGUAA